AUGCCGUUUCUGAAAUGGAGAAAAAGUAAACGUUCUGAUGCACAAUCGAAAUUCAAAGUAAUGGAUCAUGAAACUGCAAAUGGUAAAGAUCAUCAUUUGCAACAAGCUAAUCGAACUGAUCAACAAGCAGAUAUAAUUCCGUCAACUGAAGUUAUUCUCAUAUAUUUGACCAAAGUUUGUCCUCUUCAACAAGUUGUCGCAAUUCUUAAUACACUUACCGAAAACGAGGCUCAGAUCUUCGAUGUCGAGCAGAACUGUAUUGAUUUUAUUACAAGUAUAUCGAAACAAAAGAUCUUUUUGGUUGUCGAUCAUGAACCAUCGGCGACUUUAAUUGGUGCAUUAGAAUUCUUGACACAAGUUGAUUCAUUAUUUUACUAUUCCUCAACAUUUAAUGCAACUAAUAGCGAUAAUAAUAUAAUUGCUGAUGGUCGUAUUAUUAAUAGAUGUCCUGAUGAAGAAAUUCUUGCAAAGAUUAUUCGUCAAUCAUACGAUGAUCUUGAAAAGCAAACAAAAGCUUUUAGUUUGUACAAUAGCAAAGAAAAAGCGACACGAGAUAUUUCUAAAGAAGCUGGUGCAUUUCUAUUUUUUCAAAUGUUCAAAACUGUUCUAAUGGCAAUGCCAAAAACAACAGCAUCGAAACAAAUGAUGCUCGGUAAGUGUCGCGAUUUUUAUCGAGGUAAUCUCAAAGAGUUGGCCAAUAUUUCCGAAUUCGAACUAACAUACAAAUCAACAGAAGCUAUUCCAUGGUAUACUAAAGAAUCAUUUGUUUAUAAAUUUAUAAACAAAGCUCUUCGUACAGAAGAUGUUGAAGUAUUAUAUCAUUUUCGUUUUUACAUUAUUGAUUUAUGUAAACAAUUAGAAGAGAAAUUCGAACAUUUGAAAGCAAAACAAAAAGGUGUGUUAAAAUUGUAUCGCGGUUUGAAAAUUGCUCUUACGGAAAUUAAAAAUUUCGAAGAGAAUAUUGGUAAUUUAAUAUCGACGAAUGGAUAUUUAUCGACAAGUAAUCUUCAUUCUGUUGCUUAUGAAUUUGCAACGAAACCAAGUAAUCGUGAAGGUGUCGUUUGUGCUCUUUUCGAAUAUCAAGUCGAUUUGAAUUUGGUCAAAAAAAUUGUUAUUGCAGAUAUUGCUGAAUAUUCAGCUUUUCCUGAAGAAGCUGAAAUGCUUGUUGAUAUUGGUGCUUCAUUUCGGAUUGAAUCUUGUACAUUUGAUGCCGGCGAAAAUUUAUGGCAUGUGAUAGUACAAGCAACUGAUCAAGGUGCUGCUUUAGCUGAUGAAUUUAUUGAAUAUCAAAAGAAAAAAAUGGCUGAUGCAAAUAUUAUUUUAAUGUUUGGUCAUUUACUUGUUGAAAUGGGUGAAUAUGAAAAAGCUAAAAAAUAUUUGAAUACUGUUCUCGAUUCGAAUCCAAAUGAUGAAGAAGUUGCUUGUAUUUAUUAUAAUUUCGGAAGAGCUUAUCGAUUAAAAGGAGAUUUUAAACGAGCAGAAGAUUAUUUUACACAGUCAUUUCAGUUACACGAAGGAGCAAAACCGAAACGAUUGGCUAGUGCAGCAAAAUCAUUGAAUGGUAUGGGUAUUACCUGUGUAGAACAAAACAAAUACGACGAAGCAAUUGAACAUUUUGAAACAGCUCUCAAAUUUUUGGAUAAAACUGUUUCACGAAAACAUGUUGAUGUUGGUGGAAUAUUGAUCAAUUUAGCUUCCAUUUACAACGAACGUGGACAGUAUGAAUUGGCAGCGAAAUAUGUUCAAAAGGCAAUAAAAAUCUACGAAGCAUCGUUACCCAUUGCGCAUCCAAAUAAUGCUUUAGCUCUUGUCGGUUUGGCGAAUAUUCAUUCAAAACAAGGAAAAUAUGAAAUGGCUCAUGAAGAAUUUGAUCAUGCUCUUAAACUACAAGAAACUUCAUUACCUAAUGAUCAUGCAGAUAUUAUUCGAACAUUACAAAAUAAGGGAUCUACAUAUGGACAACAAGGAAACUUUGAUAAAGCCCGUGAAUAUAUAGAUCGAGCGGCGGAAAUGGCUGAGCGAACCUUGGUUGUCGAUCAUCCGCUCAGGUGUCUUAUCGUUAAUAAUCAAGUGAAUCUGUCUAAUAGUACUAACCAAAUCGUUAUAAUUCGUCUAUAA